CUUUCUCACUGCUUUCAUGCUCACCGCCAUGAACGCCACCUCUGUGAAGCUAGACGCAAACCCCAUCACCUCUCCUCUCAGGUCUUUCGACGGCACUGGUAGGAACUAUAGCACCACCGCUUUCCGUCAAACCUUUUUUCACCACCACCGGAGAAAUGCUUCAAUUUCAUGUUCCGCUUCCCCGAUCGUGAGCGUGGACGAACAGAGGGGUGAAACACCGACUCGAAUAGGGUCACUAGCUCAGGUUUCGGGAGUGUUAGGUUGCCAAUGGGGUGACGAAGGCAAGGGCAAGCUCGUUGACAUCUUGGCAAAGCACUUCGACGUGGUUGCUCGAUGUCAGGGUGGAGCUAAUGCUGGACACACCAUCUAUAACUCUGAAGGCAAGAAAUUUGCACUUCAUCUUGUACCAUCAGGGAUUCUUAAUGAGGAUACUAUGUGUGUUAUUGGGAAUGGAGUUGUGGUGCAUCUUCCAGGACUCUUUAAAGAAAUUGAUGGUCUUGAAUCUAAUGGGAUCUCCUGUAAGGGAAGAAUUUUAGUUUCAGACCGUGCUCACUUGUUAUUUGAUUACCAUCAAGAGAUAGAUGGGCUUAGGGAAGCCGAGUUAGCUAAGUCCUUUAUUGGCACUACCAAGAGAGGAAUUGGGCCCUGUUACUCUAGCAAGGUCAUCAGAAAUGGUAUAAGAGUGAGUGACUUGAGGCAUAUGGAUACCUUCCCUGAGAAGCUUCAUCUUUUAUUAUCAGAUGCAGCUUCAAGAUUCAAGGGAUUUAACUAUACCCCUGAAAUACUCAGGGAAGAAGUGGAGAAAUACAAAAGAUUUGCAGAGAGGUUGGAACCCUUCAUUUGUGAUACGGUGUAUUACAUGAAUGAAUCUAUAUCACAGAAGAAGAAGAUUCUGGUGGAAGGUGGUCAGGCAACUAUGCUGGAUAUUGAUUUUGGGACUUACCCUUUUGUAACAUCUUCCAGUCCAUCUGCUGGUGGAAUCUGCACUGGCCUUGGCAUUGCUCCUAGAGUCCUUGGUGACGUGCUUGGCGUGGUGAAGGCAUACACUACUAGAGUUGGAUCUGGACCUUUCCCUACAGAAAUAUUGGGAAAUGGUGGGGAUCUUCUCCGCCUUGCUGGGCAGGAGUUUGGCACAACCACGGGUCGUCCUCGCCGCUGUGGUUGGCUUGAUAUAGUUGCUCUGAAAUAUGUUUGUCAGAUUAAUGGCUUUUCUGCUCUGAACCUCACCAAACUUGAUGUCUUGUCGGAUCUUCGUGAGAUUAAGUUGGGUGUUUCUUACAAGCAUACAGAUGGCACAACCAUCAGUUCAUUCCCUGCUGAUUUGAGUGAUCUUGAGCAAUCAAAGGUGGAAUACGAAACUCUGCCAGGAUGGCAGGCGGAUAUCUCUAACAUAAGAAACUACUCGGAUCUACCAAAGGCUGCACGUCAGUAUGUGGAAAGAAUAGAAGAACUUGUUGGUGUGCCAAUCCAUUACAUCGGCAUUGGUCCUGGACGUGAUGCUCUUAUAUACAAAUGAGACUGAUCUCAUUCCAUUGCUUCCAUAUUUCUACCCUUGUCUUUGAUUAAAUAGGAAGGUUAUUUAUCUGAUAACAUGCACUGUUGAUGCUUGGAUUUUGUGCUGCGAAGCUGUGGUACAAAAAACUGGUGAUCUGUGUUGUUUAUGGUUUUGAUGCAAGCAGUUGCUUCAUUUGUCUUGUAGAACGUAGUGGAAUAAAGUAUGAAACUGCCCCAUGUGCUUCUGGAUUGUUUGAAUGAUCAAUGCAGAAAUGUUUAAAUGGUGAGGAUGAUUUAAGU